AACAUAGCAUCAAGGAAGAAUGCAGCUCGCGACCUGAGUCUCCGCUACGCCAAUUCUCCAUUUUCGCCGGAACCUGCCGGAACCUCCAACCCACAUGGAAUUUGCUGGUGGUGAUUCCUACUUGAUCCUGCAGAUUGUUCAUCGAUUGGGAUGGAUUUGGUUGUUCAGAACUAUAGUGUGAUGCCCAGAUUCUAAACAAUUAAAAACUCCUUUAUAAAAAACCUCAAACUCUAACCAUAAUUUUGUACUCCCAAAACCCUGAUGUCUCUCCCAAAACCCCCACUUCCUAGGAUUGACGUUGGUCUGCCUUUAGCCUAGAUUAACUUCAAGUUAAAUGGAGUCUGUAUCGUUCUGAUUAAAGAAUCAAAAUCAGGGGUUUUCAUCAGUACAAGCUUCAGCUCAACUGGCUUUCCCUCAAUGAAGCGAUGAAGGAGAAACUCAGUCUUUGAGAAUGUGGUGUGGUUUUAACAACUAGAAGGAAAAGAAGGAAAGCCUGCCUGCAGUGGAGCUAAUUGGGCUGGGACGAUUGGCGAAAGAGAAGGCACGAAGGCUGUCAAUGGGUCAGCGAAAAAGGGUUCGGCUUGCUAGGUUGCUGGCACUGAAUAGGCCAAUUUGGUUGCUGGAUGAGCCAUCAGUAGCAUUGGAUGAUGAAGGGGUGAAGAGUUGCGGGAGUAUAAUUGCAGAGCAUAGAAAGAAAGUGGGGGUUGUGAUCGUGGCAACUCAUUUGCCAAUCUAGAUUGAGGAUGCCAUGCAAUUGAGGCUGCCACCAAGGUUCCCAAGAAGGAUGACUCAUGUUGAUAUGCUAGAUCGAUCUGAUUGGAUUGCUCAAGACAUAAUCGGACCGGCUAGUUCUUGCAAAUUUUGCAAUGUGCCUACAUAUUUUUAAAAAAACUGUUCUUCAGAAUUAUUUUAAAAAAUACUUCCUCUCCUCUGUCUACCUGAUUGGAAACCCAUUCAUCGGAGAAUCCUCAAAUGGUCACAAAAUUCUGACGAAAAUUUACACUCGACCCAAAUUAAUAUUAUGCCCAGCCAAACUCAGCUAAUAGAUUGGGCUUAGACCUGAGACCAGCUAAGCUGUAGCCCAUGAGUUGUGAAGAAGGAUUGCAAGGGAGGCGCGUGCCAUUAAAAUUAGACCAAAGCCAAUGAAUGGCAUUCUUACCAACCUAACACACAGCGUUCACAUAAAUCUCCCUUUUUCUUAAAAAAAAAUUAAACUAGUAAAUAAAAGUAAUCAACAAAGCCGCUACGUCAACUCGCACUCAAAGAUGCCCUUCCAAACAAACGGCCACCUGCGCCGUUAAAGAACACCUCAACACUUUCAGCGGUCAGGUGAUUGCCUUCGUAACGGAGCUUUUAACGGUUUCCGUUGCCUACCCCCCACAAAAAAACCACCUGAGUCAAUUCGAGUCAAAGCAACCGCACCACUGCUCUCUCUCUAAUCUAUUCCGAAACACACAAAAUCCGAAACCCAUGUCCCAACCGCGUUUCGGAUUCGGACACUAAAUAAAAUUAAAAUUAAAUUGGAGUAACAAAACCGGACCUAGCCGCUCGAAGCCUUUACCUUCUCUCCGAAUCGGCCAUGGCUGCGAACCAGAGCUUUGAAGCUCCCGAAGCAGAGAAGGCUGAACCGAACCCCGAGUCUGAUUCGGGGUCGGAUUCCGACUCGUCCGAAUCGGGCUCUGAGGACGGAGAGGGACUCAGUGACUCGGAGGGAGUUGGAGCUGCUGAGUUGGGAGAGCCUCGUGAAUCGGAAACCCUAGCUGUGGCUUCGUCGAUUACGGAGAGUGGUUCGCAGUUACUCUCAGGUUCGGCGCUCAAUUCCACUUCGCAGUCGCUUGCCUCGGUUGAAUUCAAGGAGCAAGCUGGGGUGUGUCAUCAAGAAGUUCAGACUACUGUAACAGCCCAGACCACUCAUGUCCAAACAAAGAAGCAGCUUCAGUCAUCUGGUUGUCCAACUUCGUCAGUGGAAUUAUCACCAACUUCUGUUACCCAGUCUAUUCAAUCGGCUCCAAGUCCAACAAUACUAGAACAAAGGCCAUCACCAUUUCCAAAGGUUAACAGUGAAUGUAUGCCAGAAGGGAACCAGAAAAAUUCUUCUGACCUGAAAACUAUAUCCACUGUUCCUUCUGUGAAGACACCUUCCGCAGAUGGCUACAAUUGGCGGAAAUAUGGUCAGAAGCAGGUAAAGAGUCCUAAAGGUUCUCGAAGCUAUUACAAAUGCACAUAUUCUGACUGUUAUGCUAAAAAGAUUGAAUGUUGUGAUGACUCGGGCCAAGUGAUAGAAAUUAUUUAUAAAAGUCGGCACAAUCAUGAUCCGCCUCGGAAGAUUAACUGCAUGAAAGAGGGCAAGCUUUCACCAGUUGGGUCUGUUACAGGGAAUAGUACUACAGCUGACCCAGUAAGAAUGCUUAAUGAUUCAGAUCCAUCUACAUCUUCAAAAGAACCUGUACAAGAAACACCACUGAUACCUGAAAGAAAAAGGCCAAAUUCAGAUGCUUCUGAUGAGAAUGCUGAAAUUAAGGUUAAGGAGGAGCAUACUGAUGAGCCAGAGCCUAAACGGAGAAGCAGAUCGAAGAAAAGCAGCUUAGGGAAUUCAGGUUCUCACUUUAAACCUGGAAAAAAACCUAAAUUUGUUGUGCAUGCGGCGGGUGAUGUGGGGAUCUCAGGUGAUGGCUACAGAUGGCGCAAAUAUGGACAAAAGAUGGUGAAGGGAAACCCUCACCCCAGGAACUAUUACAGAUGCACUUCUGCUGGAUGUCCUGUUCGUAAGCAUAUUGAGACAGCCAUAGAUAACACCAGUGCUGUCAUAAUAACAUACAAGGGGAUACACGACCAUGACAUGCCUGUACCCAAAAAGCGACAUGGCCCACCAAGUGCUCCUCUUGUUGCGGCUGCUGCUCCUGCUUCCAUGAACAGCUUGCAGUUUAAGAAAACUGAAGCUUUCCAAAAUCAAAUAUCUUCAACUCAAUGGUCAGUGGACAUGGAAGGUGAAUUGGCAGCUGAGGAAUUGGAUCCAGGAGGGGAGAAAGCCAUGGAAUCUGCUCGAACUCUCCUGAGCAUUGGAUUUGAAAUCAAGCCGUGCUGAAAACUUAAUAUCUGGCCUAAGAACAAAAAUUAAAAAAAAAAAAAAAAGAAAAAAAAAAAGAGAGGAAAGAACGAAAAGAUUAGAUCACCAAUGGGCCUUUCUGUGAAAAUCAUCCAGCUGUUUCAUAUAUAUUAUUGAGUCUACAGGUUUGGUGAUUUCUUUUUUCUGUUUGUUUUUUCAUUUAUUUUCCUUCUUUCCACUUUAGUCUUUCAGUGAACACUUGUAUAUAGUUUGUAUGAUACUUGUUUCGAGCAGGAUACUAGUUGCAACUUGCGGGACAUUAUAUAGAAUUGGCUGGCACCCAUUUCAGUAUCUUCGUUUUAAGGUGAAACAGACCCAAACAAAAGAGACACAGCUACUCAAGAUUCUUACUUGAGUUAUUGUAAGAUGACUUCAAUGGGAACGUUUUAAGACAGUAGCAGCAUCCAUGGUCUAGGUGGGAAUCUGUCUGAUUUAGAGUUUGCCAUGGUGGAUUUCAGAAGAUAAAGUUGGAUAGUAGAUCACUUUAGAGGCCACGUCCGAUGGUUGGUUCUGAAUGUGGUGAGGGUCUGUGAACCUCAGAAAGACUUGUAAUUUACUGUUUAAACAGGUAAGUGAAAAUAAAAAUGUGAAAUGGUAGUGUAUGGGUAUGGCUGUGGGCAAGUUGGAGGAAACAGACUCAAAAGAGCUGGAAGAACGAAUUUUAUUGGGCAUGAGCUGAGAGAAGUAAUUUUACUAGGCAACAAACUCCAAAAAGGUAUUAUUGACAUCUGAAUUCUAGGUCAUAGUAACUGCUAUAAAGAUGCUGCAUUUUGAUUA